CGUCAGGUUAGAGGAGGCUCAGCUUCAGAUUCAAAGAUGGUGGGUGUUUGUGGUUCAUGUCUCUGAAUGACUGAAGUCCAGAAGAUGGAUGAUUGUGUGGAGGAAGAGGAGGAGAGACCAGAGUCUCCAGGAUCCAUCAGUGUCUCUAUGAAGAGUGACUGGUCCAAAGAACAUCCUCCAGACUUCAGUAAAGAACCUGGACCCUCAGACACAGAAGGGAGGAAGAGGAGAGGAGUUGGUGUGGAGGAGCAGCCGUCCAGUCAGAGCAGAACUGUACCAGCAGAGGCUGGUCUGCAGGAGGUCCUAGAUGAACACAAGACCAGUCUGAGGAGGAGAUGUGAACAUGUGACUGAAGGAACUGAUGAACCAGGAAGUAGAACCCCCCUCAACAGGAUCUACACGGAGCUCUUCAUCACAGAGGGACUGAGUGAAGAGGUUGAUACCCAACAUGAGGUGAGGCAGCUGGAGACAGCUCCCAGGAUGAAGAGCCUCCAUGACGCUCCAAUCAGGUGCCAGGACAUCUUUAAAGCCUUACCUGACCAACGUGGAGCCAUCAGAGUGGUUCUGACCAACGGCGUCGCUGGCGCUGGGAAAACCUUCUCGGUUCAGAAGUUCUCUCUGGACUGGGCCGAGGGCUGGGAGAACCAAGACGUCACCGUGGUGAUUCUGCUCUCGUUCAGGGAGCUGCACCUGAUCGGACAUGAGCAGCUCAGUCUUCUCAGGCUGAUCCAGGUUUUCCAUCCAUCGUUCCAGAAGCUCACAGCAGAGCAGCUGGCUGCCGGGAAACCGUUGUUCAUCUUUGACGGCCUGGAUGAAAGCAGACGUUCCCUGGACUUCAACAACGGUCCGGUGGUGUCUGACGUCACACAGAGCUCAUCGGUCAACGUGCUGCUGACCAACCUCAUCCAGGGGAACCUGCUUCCCUCAGCUCUCAUCUGGAUCACUUCCAGACCUGCAGCAGCCAAUCAGAUCCCUCACAAACACGUGGACAGGGUGACAGAAGUACGAGGCUUCACUGACGUCCAGAAGGAGGAAUACUUCAGGAGGAGGUUCAGAGAUGAAGAGCGGUCCAGCAGCAUCGUCUCCCACAUGAAGACAUCCAGAACCCUCCACAUCAUGUGUCAACUCCCGGUCUUCUGCUGGAUCACUGCUACAGUUCUGGACCACAUGUUGACCACAGAGCAGAGAGGAGAGCUGCCCAAGACCCUGACUGACAUGUUCUCCCACUUCCUGCUGGUCCAGACCAAGAGGAAGAGGAACAAGUACCAGGAGGGACGUGAGACGAGUCCACAGGAGCUGACGGAGGCUGACAGGGACCUUCUCCUGAAGCUGGGGAGGCUGGCGUUGGAACAUCUGGAGAAAGGAAACAUCAUGUUCUACCAAGAAGACCUGGAGCAGUGUGGUCUUGAUGUCCCAGAGGCCUCGGUGUACUCAGGAGUUUGUACCCAGAUCUUCAGGAGAGAGUGUGAGGUCUUCCAGAAACCCGUCUACUGCUUUGUUCAUCUGAGCAUCCAGGAGUUCCUGGCUGCAGUGUACGUACUCCACUGUUGCUCCACCAGAAACACAGAUGUGCUGGAGAACUUCCUGGGAGGCGACAGAUACUCAUCUCUGGAUGACUUCUUGAAGAGAGUCAUGGAGAAAUCCCUGGAGAGUAAAAAUGGCCACCUGGACCUGUUUGUCCGCUUCCUUCAUGGUCUUUCUGUGGAGUCCAACCAGAGACUGUUAGGAGGUCUGCUGAACCAGACGGAGAACGAUCCAGGAACCAUCCAGAGAGUCAUCAACAACCUGAAGGAGAUGAAGACUGAGAGUAUCUCUCCUGACAGAAGCAUCAACAUGUUCCAGUGUCUGAUGGAGAUGAACGACCUCUCAGUUCAUCAGCAGAUCCAAGAGUUCCUGAAGUCAGAGAACAGAUCAGAGGAGAAACUCUCUGAGAUCCAGUGUUCAGCUCUGGCCUACAUGCUGCAGAUGUCGGAGGAGGUUCUGGAUGAGUUGGACCUGAACAAGUACAAGACAACACUAUGGGGUCGACAGAGACUGAUUCUAGCUGUGAGGAACUGCAGAAAGGCUCGAUUUGUUGGUUGUCAUCUCUCAAAGACUCACUAUGAAGUUGUGGCGUCCGCUCUGAAGUCCAACCCCUCCCAUCUGACAGAACUGGACCUGAGUCAGAACCUCCUGCAGGAUUCAGGAGUGAAGGUUCUGUCUGGUGGACUGGAGAGUCCAAACUGUAGACUGGAGACUCUGAGAUUGCAGCGCUGCAGGAUGUCAGAGAUCAGCUGUUCUUCUCUGGUCUCAGCUAUGAAGUCGAACCCCUCCCAUCUGAAACAUCUGGACCUGAGUCUGAACAACCUGCAGGAUUCAGGAGUGAAACAUCUGUGGGGUUUCCUGGAGAGUCCAGACUGCAGACUGGAGACUCUGAGGUUGGAGGGCUGCUGGUUGUCAGAGAUCAGCUGUUCUUCUCUGGUCUCAGCUCUGAAGUCCAACCCCUCCCACCUGAAACAUCUGAAACAUCUGGACCUGAGCUGGAACCAGCUGCAGGAUUCAGGAGUGAAACAUCUGUGUGGUUUCCUGGAGAGUUCAGACUGCAGACUGGAGACUCUGAGCUUGCAGCUCUGCGGUCUGUCAGGGAUCAGCUGUUCUUCUCUGGUCUCAGCUCUGAAGUCCAACCCCUCCCAUCUGAAACAUCUGGACCUGAGAUUCAACUACAAGCUGCAGGCUGCAGAUGUGGAGCAGCUGUCUGGUCUGGUGGAGAGUCCAGACUACCAGCUGCAGACUCUCAGGUGGGAGCGCUGCAGUUUGUCAGAGAUCAGAUGUGAUGAUCUGGUCUCAGUUCUGGAGUCCAACCCGUCUGAUCUGGAACAUCUGGACCUGAGUAGGAGCGAGCUGCAGGAUUCAGAUGUGAAGCAGCUGUGUUGUUUCCUGGGUGGUCCAGACUGCAGACUGGAGACUCUCAGGUUGAAGGGAUGCUGGUUGUCAGAGAUCAGCUGUUCUUCUCUGGUCUCAGCUCUGAAGUCCAACCCCUCCCACCUGAAACAUCUGAAACAUCUGGACCUGAACUGGAACCAGCUGCAGGAUUCAGGAGUGAAACAUCUGUGUGGUUUCCUGGAGAGUCCAGACUGCAGACUGGAGACUCUGAGGUUGCAGUGGUGCGGUCUGUCAGGGAUCGGCUGUUCUUCUCUGGUCUCAGCUCUGAAGUCCAACCCCUCCCAUCUGAAACAUCUGGACCUGAGCAGGAAUGACCUGCAGGCUGCAGAUGUGGAGCAGCUGUCUGGUCUGGUGCAGAGUCCACACUACCAGCUGCAAACUCUCAGCCUAGACUGAACCAAACAGACGACGGUGGAGCAGGUGGAUUCUUCUCAGAGUAGACGUCCUCCUAUAAUCUCUCAACACCAGCAAAGGUUGGUGAAGCUUGUGGCUCCUCCAACCUCCACUUCUCCCUCAUCAAACACCCUGGUCUGCUCCCACCGCACCUUCCUGCUCUCAGACUAACAUUCCUUCUGUCCCUGUUCCUAAAUCUGCUGAAAGCAGCAGUGAAGAGACACAACAGCGUGAAGAAGAAGACUCCAACCUGGGAGAAGGAUGUGAGCCUUUUAUCAGAAUGAUCACAGCGAGCAAUGCUCCGCAUUCCUCCGGUCCUCUAAAACUCUCCACCACAGGUUCCUGUGAAAUAGGCCGUCAGGUCAACCACGUAAAUGUCUUUAGAAAGAGGAUCUCGCUCCCACCUCUGGGGUGUACAUUCUUUUCACUUAAAAAAAAAGAACUAUUUAUGUUAAGCAUAGGAUAAAAAGUUGAACUCUGAUUUCUAGGAAGUAUUUUCACAAUCGUUAUUUUAAAGAGCAUAUUGCAGGUUGGAGACCCCUGUGAAUCAAUGUGUAGGAAAAUAAUGUAGGAACUGAAUUUUCAUUGAAAUACGCAUAAAUAUAUACUACAGUGACCUCCGGAGUUGUUUUUGUGAGAGUAUUUUACUUCCGCAUCUGAAAAAGUUGAAUCGGAAGUGAC